GACGGUGGCGGAGGCUGGAGCGAGGCGGCGGGAUGCAGCGCCCCGGGCCCUUCAGCACCCUCUACGGGCGGGUCCUGGCCCCGCUGCCCGGGAGGGCCGGGGGCGCGGCCUCUGGCGGAGGCGGGAACAGCUGGGGCGUUCCGGGUUCCCACGUGCAGUUGUUGGGACGCGCGCAGUUCGGCGCUGGCAGCACAAGUACCGGCGGCGGGGACGCUAACAGCGUCUGCCCGGCCCCCUCCGCGAUGUCCAAGGCCGAGGAGGCCAAGAAGCUGGCGGGCCGCGCGGCCGUGGAGAACCACGUGAGGAAUAACCAAGUACUGGGAAUUGGGAGCGGUUCUACAAUUGUCCACGCUGUGCAGCGAAUAGCUGAAAGAGUGAAACAAGAGAAUCUGAACCUCGUCUGUAUUCCCACUUCCUUCCAGGCCCGUCAGCUCAUCCUGCAGUACGGCUUAACUCUCAGCGACCUGGACCGACACCCGGAGAUUGACCUCGCCAUUGAUGGUGCUGAUGAAGUAGAUGCUGAUCUCAAUCUCAUCAAGGGCGGUGGAGGCUGCCUGACCCAGGAGAAAAUUGUGGCUGGCAAUGCCAGUCGUUUCAUCGUGAUUGCCGAUUUCAGGAAAGAUUCAAAGAACCUUGGGGAUCAGUGGCACAAGGGAAUCCCCAUCGAGGUCAUCCCGAUGGCCUAUGUCCCAGUGAGCCGGGCUGUGACCCAGAAGUUUGGGGGCGUGAUUGAACUUCGAAUGGCAGUCAACAAGGCAGGUCCCGUGGUGACAGAUAAUGGGAAUUUUAUCCUGGACUGGAAGUUUGACCGGGUGCACAAGUGGAGUGAUGUGAACACAACUAUCAAAAUGAUCCCAGGCGUGGUGGACACGGGCCUGUUCAUCAACAUGGCAGAGAGAGUCUACUUCGGGAUGCAGGAUGGCUCGGUGAACAUGAGGGAGAAGCCUUUCUGAACUGGCCCUGCAGGAGCGGAGUGCGUUCCCCUGGCAUCCCCAGCCCACCCGCCCAGGCGGACAUGCCUCUCCAUGAGCCUUUGCCUUAAUGUAUCUGUGCCAGGUGGACCGCUUGGCAGGGUGGGGAGUUGAGGGUUAUAUCCAGUCUUCUGAGUAUUGUUAUUAAAUGUCUUUUUAAAAAGAGAAAUAUAAACAUAUAUAUUUUUACUAUUAAAAAUAUUCAAUUUUUUUUAUGAAGUAGAACUUGAUUUCAUGUUUUAUAUGCAACAUUUACCAAAAAAGACUGUCUUUUAAACUUUUAACUUGAGCCUGCUGGUUAAGCUUCUGAAUAUUGGAUUUUCUGAGAAAUGUAAAUCAAACUUUUCUUUAAACUGGUGACAUGAAGGGCCCAGUCAGCAGUGAUUCCCUGAUGCCUUACUGGAAACACUGGCAUUUGUUUACUUUUCUACCACACUGUCUUGUCUGUAGUUUUUGUUGUGAUUACGCACAAUAUGUAGUUACGUGUUUGAAGAUGUGCAUUACGAAAGUCUGGUGAGUGGAGGUGUGUGGUGUGUGGUGACUCAGUUUACUGUGGUAAACUACCAGGGGGAAAGUGUGGGGGUCCUUUUGCUGAGAGCAGGGAAUUCCUUCAGACCCCUCGUGUUGGAAGCCAUUGGCCAGAAAGACUUGCCAGUACUGCCAAAGCACUGCUGUGAAACACCGUUAAGUGAUUGUCUUUUUGUUGUUAAUAUUUUUUUCGUUCCUUUAUUGUCACUUGCAUGGUUCUGCAUCAGAAGUUGUUACCUCUUUAUAUUGUUUGAAGGUUGAAAUAAAACAGUAUGGUGCCA